CAUUUCAAUGCAAUGACUGUACGAAUGGGUGGACUCACUCUCGCAGCCAAUCGGCAAUCGCUCUCUCAUUCACUCUCUCAACGUCUCUCACAAUACUCUCCUCUCUCUCUCUCUCGCAUACAGUGUAUGAAAGACUGUCUCAUCUCUGCUUUGCUCUCUCACUCUCUCACACCAACACAGCUCUCUCUGCUCUGUCUCUCUCAGUCUCUCCCACUCUGUCUGUAUUCACACAACUGUUUCAUUAAUUAGCUGAUAGUCUGAGCGUUUGAUUGUUUUGUCAUAUAUUUAAAAGUCUUUGAUUUUGUUGUGCGAGAAGUGCUUUGCGAGCGAAAUGUCCGAAACGGCGACCAAUGAUAACAACGGUCACGACUUGGAGACCAAAGACCAGAAAAAUGGUGAUCAAAAUGGAGAGGAAGACAAGACACAGACACCUCCUGUGAAAGAGAUGCGCGCCGUUGUGUUGACCGGCUUUGGGGGUCUGAAGUUUGUCAAAGUGUUGAAACGACCGGAACCUCAAGUAUCGGAAGGAGAAGUACUCAUUAGAGUGAAGGCCUGUGGUCUCAAUUUCCCGGAUCUAAUGCUAAGACAGGGUGUGAUCGAUAACCCGCCCAAAUCCAAGACACCCUUUAUUAUGGGCUUUGAGUGCGCGGGAGAGGUCGAGGCCGUCGGCGAAGGGGUGACCGGUAUUCGAGUGGGCGAUCGGGUGUCGGCUUUGAGCGAUUCCAAAGCCUGGGCCGAACUCGUGUCCGUUAACGCGAAGUAUGUCUACAAAAUACCAGCGAAGAUGAGCUACGAAGACGCGGUGGCCGUCACCAUGAAUUACGUGGUCGCGUACGCCCUCCUCUUCUGUGUCGGUAAUCUUAAGAGCGAUCAAACAGUUCUCGUCCACUCUGUCGGCGGAGGUGUUGGUCAAGCGGUGGCACAAUUGGCCAAAACUGUUGGUAACGUAACACUGAUCGGAACCGCUUCCAAACACAAGCACGAGUCGAUCACGAAUGUGACUCAUCUCAUCGACUCCGCCAAUGAUUAUGUCCAGGAGAUCAAGAAGAUAUGUCCCGAUGGCGUCGAUUUAGUGUUGGACUGUAUCUGUGGAGGCGAUGCCAACAAAGGCUACAAUUUAUUGAAACCUAUGGGACGCUAUGUGUUGUAUGGUAUGUAUCGUAUUUGGUGGCAAUUGGAGAAAGUGUCUCCCAUGAGGCUGUUUGACGAGAACCGGACUCUUUCGGGCUUCAAUUUGCGUACUAUCGAAUGA